AUGCCCUUCUGCGCCGUCCCCGCGCCGCCCAUGUGGCCGGCGUUUGCGCAGGUGCCGCCGAAUGCGGCCAGAGCAGCCGCUCCGCCCGGGUGUUCUUUACACCGCUAUCUUCUUCCCUCGCAAUUCCCAGUUCAUUUUCCAACCCGCCCCCUUCCUCCCUGCUCCCUUCCCGCCCCAUAUUCCAUCCCGCAAUCCACGUCAGCAAUGGCGUCACUUCUCGUACCUGACGUGCUCUACACGUCACUUAGCCUGUUGCUGGAGGAGGCGGUGUCGCCCGUGGGGUGGCAGGCCAACUCGUCGCUGCUGCUGCUGCUGCCGCAGUGCCGCGGGAAUAUGCGCGGCUUCACGGUCAACGCGACGCUUGCCGAUGCUAUCACGCUCCCCGUCCGAGUGGAGUGCGUAGAUGUAGACACGGUGUGGCGGGACACGCAAACGGAUAUCGACUCAGAAGUGUAUGCAGGCCACUAUCAGGCGAAUCCUGAGCAAGCCACUAACGCGUACACAGCAGCCUUUGACUUCCAGGACACGGGCCCGACUCGUUAUAACCCUGUGAUUCAGUAUAACUCGUCGUACAACAACGCCAGUAUCGGCGGCACCCCCGCCACGCUCCUCCGCUUCGCUCGCCUCCUUAACCUCGCCUCAAACGCGUUUAUCAAGUCCUUCCAUAGCGGGGAUGAACUAAACACUGCUUCUGCACCAGCAACAGCACCAACACCAGCAGUAGCACCGGCAGAGAUUCCUUUGCUAUUUGUCAAAGACUUUCCAAAAGUGGAAACCACGUUGGGCGUGGACUUUGUAUCGCUCCUCGGCCCUCUCUUUUACAUGUGGGUGCUGCAGCUGCUCCUGCCAGUGAUGACCGUGGCACUGGUGUACGAGAAGGAGCAGCAGCUGAGGAUAAUGAUGCGCAUGCAUGGGCUCAAGGACGGGCCGUACUGGCUCGUCUCGUACCUCUACUUCCUCCUGCUCUCCCUCGCCUAUAUCUUCUUCCUUGUCGCCUUCGGCUCGCUCAUCCAGCUGAAGUGCUUCACCCUGAACCCCUACGGCCUACAGCUCCUCCUCUACAUCGUGAGCGCUAACACACAGAUCGCACUCGCCAUGCUGCUCUCUACAGCCUUCGCCCACACGCGCCCCGCCACCGCCACCACCUACCUCUACGUCUUCACAUCAGCGCUCCUCGGCCAGUUCCUCUACCGCAAUCUGCUUGAGUCCGGCUCCUACUCAAGUGAGUUUCGUGGAUUUCCUUCCUUUUCUUUGGCGCCUUGCCACACGCACCCCCCCACCGCCGCCACCUACCUCUACGUCUUCACCUCUGCACUGCUCGGCCAGUUCCUCUAUCGCAAUCUGCUCGAGUCCGGCUCUUACUCCUCUACAUUCAUGACUGCUCUACAGCUCUUCCCAGCGGUCAUGCUCAACCACCGGGUAUACGAGUUAACUCUAUCCCUCUCAUUUCCGUUUCCUCUCUCCCUCUCUUCUUCCGCCCCACCUCCUUCCUUCCCUCCCCCAGCCACAUUCAUGACUGCUCUACAGCUCUUCCCAGCAUUCAUGCUCAACAACGGGGUCUACAAUCCUUGGUUUUUGAGUCGACUCAAAAGCAAUCAACAACGGGCCACAUUCAUGACUGCACUGCAACUCUUCCCAGCGUUCGCACUCUACCACGGGGUAUACGAGCUAACACAGUCGUCUUUAAUAGGCUCCUACCAGGCCUCUCAGGGCACUCUCACCUGGGCCACCGCCGCCACCAAUGGUUACCUGACAGGUGUCGUGAUCCUGGCCGUCGAAUGGCUGGUGUUCCUGCUGCUCGCGAUCUACCUGGAUCAGGUGGUUUCGGCGGGUAGUGGGGUGAGGAAGCAUCCUCUCUUCUUCCUCCGCGGGUGCAAGAGCGGCUGCCGGAAGCUUCUUGGCUCGCUUAAGAAGGUGCUGCAAAGCUGCAGGAUUGGAGGGGACGCCCGGGUGCAUGCGGCCUUCCAGGAAGGUUCCUGGAGAAAUGAAGAAGGAAAGGAGUGGAAAGCAGGGGCGGCGGGGAGUGGGAAGGCGGAGUGGGGGGAAGGGGAGGUGGGAGGAGGUGUUGUGGGCGCGGGGCAUGGGACAGACGUGGGGGAAGAAAAGGAGAAGGCGAAAGGGUGUUUGGACCGAUUUGAUGUGGAUCUAGAGGUGAGCGCUGAUGGGGUGAGGUGUGUGAGUAGAGGACUUAUGAGCAGGGACGGCGGGGCGCCCAAGGAGGCAGUGGCCGGCAUGUGGCUGGGGGUGGCGCGAGGGGAGUGCCUGGGCGUGCUAGGGCCGAACGGGGCGGGCAAGACAACAGCGCUGCGCAUGAUGAUGGGGUUUUUGCAGCCCAGUGGGGGGACGGCGAUUAUCGAGGGCAUGGGGAUUGCCGAGGAGAUGGACAGCAUCUAUUCGAUCAUGGGCGUGUGCCCGCAGCACGACCUUCUAUGGGAGCAGCUGACCGGUCGGGAGCACCUCAUGUUCUACGGGCGGCUGAAGAACCUGCGAGGCUCAGCACUAACAUCAGCCGUGGAGGCGUCCUUAUCAGGGGUCCACCUACUGAAAGAGGCCGACAAGCCAGUGCAGCAGUACAGCGGCGGCAUGAAGCGGCGCCUGUCGGUCGCUAUAUCGCUUAUCGGAGAUCCUCUUGUGGUGUACAUGGACGAGCCCAGCACGGGGCUCGACCCCUCGUCCAGGAUGCACCUGUGGAACGUGGUGAAGCGAGCAAAGAAGCACUGUGCAAUCGUGCUCACGACUCACUCAAUGGAGGAAGCAGACGCACUGUGUGACCGGAUGGGCAUAUUCGUGCGGGGGAAGUUCGUUUGUAUAGGAAGUGCACAGGAGCUCACAGCACGGUACGGGGGUCGCUUCAUCUUCACCCUCACCACUCCCGUGGACUACGAAGCUGCAGCUGCACAGCUGGCACUGUCCCUGUCUGUCAACGCUAGGAGAAUAUACAACCUAUCGGGCACCCAAAAGUUUGAGCUGCCCGUGGAAGAUGUGAGGAUAUCUGACGUUUUUGCAGCAGUGCAAGCAGCCAAGGGGACCAUGCCCAUACAGGCAUGGGGACUAACCAACUCUACCUUAGAGGACGUGUUUAUUAAAGUGGCCAGGCAGGCUCAUGCUAAUGUGGUAUAA